AUGUUGGUCUCCGACACCGGCGUGGCUGGGGGCAAUGAGAUCUUCAUCAAAGUCGUCAGCCCAGAGGGACAGACGUUCACCGCUUACUUCUCCGAAGACACUCUUAUCGAGGAGGUUAAGAACAGAGCGAUAGAUUUCUUCUACCCGACUGGUGAGACAGGAGCAGGUCGGUUCAAAAUCGUCAGAGUAUUCGACACGACGACUUUACACGACUUCCUGACGUUAGCUCAAGAAUCUGUCAUGAUGCAGGAAGAACUACUGCUCGUUGAGAGACGACUACCAGAAGCUGGUACGCUGUGGGACCUUGGCACAGUCAGAGCUCCCCAGCACGGCACUAUAGCCGCCGCUACAGCAUCCCUACCGACCCCCACAAACGCCAUGCGCCAACCAAACCUCCAAUCUUUACUUUCAACGAAUGAGCUGUCCCAUGAACUGCGAAAAAUACUUAUAUCUUUGAUCGAAGCUGGAGCUCGACUGGCUGCGUCGGGGAGAAACUAUGAAAUGACUCUUGCACAACUAACCGCGGCUUUAGAGGAACCGAGGAGGGCUCAACCAGCUGUCAUCCAAGUGAUAACUCCUGAGGAGAUUGCCGCACGACUAAAUUUAAAUGACGAUAUGCAAAAUGUCCUUGAAGACCCUCCACAGGCAAAUAAAGCUGACGGGAACGACAUGUACCGGCGCGCAGAGCACUUGCAACGAUUCUUGGAGAAAUUCCGCGAAUGGCGUAACAAAAUCGCUGAACCGCCGAACCCCGAAGCUAUAGCUGCUCUCAAAGACCUUGGUUUUUCUCACGAAGAGUCUGAUAAGGCUCUGAGGAACACGGGUUGCAACGUUCCAGCGGCAGCUUCAUACCUAAUCGGAGAGCGUGGCUCGAGUAUUUUCGAGCUCGUAAAUGGUCUACCGGAUGGUCUAAUACUACAGACGUUGCUAAAACAGCCUCAUAUACAACGUGGUCUACUAAAUACAAGAAUGCUUAUUGCUUUCAUAGCUAUGGUUGGUCAGACCGGGAGUGCUUCACUAUGGCUGAACUCCCCUCAUGGAAGCCCGUUACUCUCUCAGAUUUCAAGGACGUAUCACUCAGAAAAAAAAGUCCCCAAGUUGUACUGGAGCGGUGGUGACGUGAUAUAUAACAAUGGAUGUGGUUGCUACGCCCAGCGCGGCCGCGCCGUACCUAUCGGGGCUGAGAACUAUCACUAUCCGCAUUCUAUGGCUGUGGUUGUUUCACUCCGAUUUUCUGUGAGGCCCUGGUAUUGCUCCAGUGGAGCCGGCCUAUUCGAGCUGAAGUACGGCUCUUCCACACUUGUUAUUGCAGGUCUGCUGUCCAUGCGCGUGACGGUGGAUGACGAGAUGUGCGGCAUGUUCAACAUCACCUACAAACCGUUGCCGCAGCUCGAUCUCCGCAACGUGGUUUUUGGAAGAGUGGUGCGUCCAAGUAGCACUUACACCAUCAUAAGUAAGUUAGGGAACGCACUGAACUCACGACCCAUCGUUGAGAUAAUCUCAUCGAGGCGCAAGGAGUCUGGUCGCUGGAUCCACGGUCAACCAAACACACGCAUAACCAACAAAGCGCAGGGUAACUUGAAGAAAACGCUUUUGUCUUGA